AAUUACCUGAGAUAUGUUGCUUUGGACGUGGAAUUAUAAGAUGGGCCGAGAGAGACGUCACAGUGGGCCGAGCAAAUCUCUGUCUCCGUCGUAACCGCAACAUUUGUGAGACAGAUUUUGAGCCCUAAUGAACAGUGGCGUCGUUCUUCUCUAACUCGCUUCUUCCUUGGCUGAUUCGGUUUCUUAAAAGACCUAUUGCUGAUUCUUCUCAGGAGACUGACGUUGACGGAGAUAUUUUGAUGGAUUCUGCUAUUGAAAUUAGUUCAGGUAGUGAUAGUGAUGACGAACUACCACAGCCCAUUAGGCCACAAAUUCGAACCAGGACGGAUCCCAUAUGGCUAGGCAGGAGAAUUUUUCCUCGAGAGAUUGUGCCUACAGUGGAUAGCCAUGCUAGAGCUGAACAUACAAAUCAGGCUUCUCGCAAUAGUGCCUCGAAUGAUACUUCUCGGCCUGGAGUCUCUAAGCCUUUUACAGGGAAUGGGAACACUGUAAACUCGAGAAUUUCCAGUGGAUCUGGUGCUGAUUAUGAGAGACUGUCGUCUGAGCAAGCUCCGAAAAGAACUCUUCCACCCUCCUUUAGUUCGCCUCCCUUUCCUUCCAGAAGUGGCGCUAACAAUAUAAGUAAUGCUAGUGGGAGUCGCGUUGGUGCGGAUCAUGAGAGACUGUCGUCUCAGCAAGCUCCGAAAAGAACUCUUCCGCCCUCUUUUAAUCCCCCUCCCCUUCCUUCCAGAAGUGGCACUAACAAUAUAAGUAAUGCCAGUGGGAGUCGCUUUGGUGCGGAUUAUAGUCGUCCAGCUGUGUCAGCUGUAGGCAACAAGAGUACCUUUGGUGAUCAUUAUAGUGGAGCCCAUGCUGAGAUAGGAAUUCAACGUGGCAUGAAUGGGGUUAGGAUCCUGCCUCCAUCUCUGACGCAUGGAACAUCUGCUUCUGUUUUGCAUCAUGCUGGUUCAAGUGAUCCAAUGCACAGGCUUGGUACUGGUGAAGAUAGGAAUCCUGAUAACGAUGAGAGGUUGGUUUAUCAGGCUGCACUACAGGAUUUGAAUCAACCCAUUACCGAAAGCGAUCUACCUCCUGGUGUUCUUUCAGUUCCUCUUAUGAGGCAUCAGAAAAUUGCAUUGGCAUGGAUGUUUCAGAAGGAAACAAGAAGUUUUAACUGUGCGGGAGGAAUACUAGCAGAUGAUCAGGGACUUGGUAAGACGGUCUCGACGAUUGCUCUUAUCCUAAAGCAAAAGAUUGUGUCACAACUGAAGUCCGCAAAUUCAUGCAAGCAAGAAACUGAGGCAUUAGUCCUGGAUGCUGAUGAUGAGUCAGACAAUGCAAAGCAUGAAAAUGGUAGUCAUGUAAAACCAGAGCUCAAGGUUUCAAGCAACAGUGAGACCUCGGUUCUGAGUGCUAGUGGUAAUGAUGAGAAUGACAGUUCAGAUAUGGAGAAAGCCAAAGAUGAAGAAGCAAAUUCUUCAACACGAGCAUUUAAGUGGAAGAGACCAGCUGCUGGUACAUUAAUUGUUUGCCCAGCGAGUGUUGUACGGCAGUGGGCAAGAGAGCUUGAUGAGAAGGUUUCUGAAGAAUGGAAACUUUCUGUGUUAGUCUACCAUGGUAGUAAUAGGACCAAAGAUCCUAAUGAAUUAGCAGAAUACGAUGUGGUUGUGACAACUUACGCUAUUGUUACUAAUGAAGCUCCCAAAAAAUUCUUGGUGGAUGAGGAUGAGAACGAUGAAAAAAGUACUGACGAAUAUGGUCUUGCCUCUGGCUUCUCCAACAAUAAGAAGCGGAAAGUCGCGGUGGGUGCCAGUAAGAAGAGUAAAAAAAGAAGUAGAAAAAGCACUGAUAAUUCUUCUUCUGAGCCCGAUUGUGGUGCUCUAGGAAAAGUUGGGUGGUUCAGAAUAGUACUAGAUGAAGCUCAGACAAUAAAGAACCAUAGAACACAAGUGGCAAGAUCCUGUUCCACUCUUCGAGCCAAAAGGAGGUGGUGCUUGUCUGGAACACCAAUACAAAAUACGAUUGAUGAUUUAUAUAGCUAUUUCAGGUUUCUUAGAUAUGAUCCAUAUGCGGCGUACAAGUCAUUUUACAGUACAAUCAAGGUUCCAAUUUCCAGAAAUUCUUGUCAAGGUUACAAGAAGCUUCAAGCUGUUCUAAGGGCUAUAAUGCUGCGCCGCACCAAAGGAACAUUGCUUGAUGGGAAACCCAUUAUUAAUCUACCUCCAAAAAAAGUUAAUUUGAGCACGGUAGAUUUUUCAGUGGAAGAGCGCUCUUUCUACAGGAAGCUUGAAGCGGAUUCACGUUCACAGUUCAAGGCCUAUGCUGAUGCGGGAACUUUGAGUCAAAACUACGCAAAUAUUCUUCUGAUGCUUUUGCGACUCCGCCAAGCUUGUGACCACCCACAACUUGUUAAAGUAUAUAACUCAGAUCCCGUUGGAAAAGAAUCAGAAGCAGCAGUUAGAAGACUCCCUAGGGAGGCUCGAAGCAGACUGAUCAAUCGCUUAGAGUCAUCAUCUGCCAUCUGCUAUGAGUGCAAUGAGCCACCAGAAAAACCUGUUGUUACGUUGUGUGGCCAUGUAUUUUGCUAUGAAUGUGUUUUAGAAUACAUAACUGGGGAUGAGAACAUGUGCCCUGUACCCAGAUGCAAACAACAGCUUGCGCGUGAUGUUGUUUUCUCUGAAUCUUCGCUUAGAAAUUGCAUUUCUGAUGAUUUGGGCUGUAGUUCCUCGCAUGAUAAAGGUCUUGAUAGAUCGGUUUUUGAAAAAAGGGAGUUUUGUUCAUCAAAAAUCAAAGCUGUCCUCGAUAUCCUGCAGUCGCUUUCCAAACAAGACACUCCAAACUCAGCUCAGCAUGGUCAAAUGCCAUCUUCCUCAGGGCCGUAUGAUGACGAUGAUGUUACCAUUGUAGAGCCAAUGCGUCUUCACUCAUCUUCACCUAGCCAGGGGGCAGUAAAAACGAUAAUAUUUUCUCAGUGGACUGGUAUGCUUGACUUGGUUGAGCUGCGUAUUCUUGAAAGUGGUAUUGAAUUCAGAAGAUUAGAUGGCACAAUGAGUCUAGCAGCAAGAGACAGGGCGGUAAAAGAAUUCAGUAAAAAUCCAGAUGUAAAGGUGAUGCUGAUGUCUCUAAAAGCUGGAAACCUUGGGCUGAAUAUGGUAGCUGCAUGUCAUGUUAUUCUCUUGGAUCUUUGGUGGAAUCCAACUACCGAAGAUCAGGCGAUUGAUCGUGCACAUCGUAUUGGACAAACUCGGCCAGUUACUGUAACUCGCAUUACUAUAAAAGACACCGUUGAGGAUAGAAUUUUGACGCUUCAGGAAGAUAAAAGGACAAUGGUUGCAUCUGCCUUUGGUGAAGAACAUGGUGGAAGCUCUGCAACACGUCUAACAGUAGACGAUCUCAAAUAUCUGUUUAUGUUGUAGACUACUCGUUUUCUGGUCUACGCGUAGCCUUCUAAUCGCCUCUUGAACUAGGUUGCUUAGUACAGUAUAUAUGGGAGAUUAAGCCCAGAAUUUUGAUGAGGAAGAAACCUCUAGCUGCUUUUGUAAUGAAUUUCCAAUACUGUGGCUAUCCUAGGAUUUCGUGUUUUGGUUUUGUGAGGUUUGAACCCAGUCUAUGCAUUUUUGUGUGCAUUGAUUGGAAACAGGCCAUAUGUAAAUAACUAAAAUCGGUUCAUGGUUGGUAUAUAUACCACGUAGGAGUUUGACCUUAAAUGUAAAGGAUCUAUGGCUUAAAAGUUUCAACCUUUUCUAUUUGUCA